GGAAGGAAACUACCCAGGAGAUGCUAGUCAAAUCACUUACAAUGAGCUGCUGAAGGAAGUUUGCAAGUGUGCAAAUGUCCUCAUCAACAAAGGAGUGAAGAAGGGUGACCGUGUGGCCAUCUACAUGCCGAUGAUUGUGGAGCUGGUAGUGGCCAUGUUAGCCUGCGCCAGGAUUGGAGCUGUCCAUUCUAUUGUGUUUGGAGGAUUCUCUGCAGACUCUUUAGCUGGAAGGAUCUUGGACUCCAAAAGCUCUGUUCUGAUCACUGCAGACGGAGUGUAUCGUGGCGAGAAGAUGUUGAACCUGAAGGACAUCUCGGAUACGGCCAUCCAGGAGUGUCAGGACGCGGGCUUCACCGUGACCUCCUGUAUCGUGGUCAGGCAUCUGGGUGAGAAGAGGGAGCCUGGAGCAGGGGGAGACGUGGAGCACCAUCCUCCAAAAAGACCCUGCAUCAAGCUCCAGACCAAAUGGCACAAUGACCUGGGUCCACAGGCAAACCCAAAGGUGUUCUCCACACCCAGGCUGGUUAUAUGCUCUACGCUGCAACCACUACUAAAUACGUCUUUGACUACAAGCCUGGGGAGAUCUACUGGUGCACUGCUGACAUUGGCUGGAUAACUGGACACUCCUACAUCACAUAUGGUCCAAUGCUAAAUGGAGCUACAAGUGUUAUAUUUGAGGGAAUGCCCCUAUGGCCAGAUGCAGGAAGGAUGUGGGAGAUAGUGGACAAAUAUAAGGUCUCCAAAUUCUACACUGCUCCAACAGCCAUUCGCACGCUCAUGAAGUUUGGAGAGGACUAUGUCAAGAAACACUCCAGAAAAAGCCUGAAGGUGCUUGGCACAGUCGGUGAACCCAUCAACCCGGAGGCCUGGCUUUGGUACUACAAUGUCAUUGGGGACAAGAGAUGUUCCAUUGUGGACACAUACUGGCAGACGGAGACUGGUGGACACGUUCUGACACCUUUACCUGGUGCCACUCCUGCCAAGCCUGGCUCUGCAACUCUGCCCUUCUUUGGACAAGUCCCAGCUGUUGUGAAUGAGAAUGGUGAGGAACUGGAUGGACCAUGUGAAGGGUACCUGGUUCUGAAGCAGCCGUGGCCAGGACAGAUGAGGACGGUAUACGGCGACCACCAACGCUUCGAACGCACCUACUUCCAGAAGUUCCCAGGCUACUACCUCACUGGGGAUGGGUGCAUAAGGGAUAAGGACGGCUACUAUUGGAUCACGGGGAGGACCGACGACACCAUGAACGUGUCCGGCCAUCUGCUGAGCACUGCGGAAAUCGAGUCUGCCCUGAUUGAACACUCAGCAGUAGCAGAGGCUGCCGUUGUCUCUUACCCGCAUUCAAUUAAGGGAGAGUGUGUGUACUGCUUUGUCACUCUGAAAGAGGGAAAACUGUUCAACGAUGCACUUGUGGGUGAACUAAAGGGCAAAGUACGUCAGAAGAUCGGUCCGAUAGCUGUUCCAGAAUAUAUCCAGAAUGCUCCAGGUCUUCCAAAAACGCGCUCGGGUAAGAUCAUGCGGCGUGUUCUGAGGAAGAUUGCCAGGAACCAGCAGGACCUGGGGGACAUCAGCACCAUGGCAGACUCCUCUGUGGUGGAGGUGCUGUUUCAGAACAGGCCCAAAAAUGUUCAGGGCUGGGUGGAGUAGUGGCAACCAGAGCCACAGCCACAUGAUCGCUAGUAUGUAACAUGGACUUAAGAUUGCAUUCCAAUAGACCAGUUCAUACAGCCCUUCUCAUGCUGGGAAAAAACGUAGAUUUCUGGGUAAUAUGGGGCAAACAGAAUCAUUGCCAUGGUAAUGCUGUUUGGCCUGUGUUAUCCAGUUUUCGGUGAACCAUGUUUUGUCUUGAGACAAUACUGUACUUCUGAUUCUGAAUAAAUACAAGCUCUAAUUUCUCACAAAAAUUGGACUAACCCAACUUUUUGACUGAUCAACUCUAGUCUUUAGCAACGAAUGGACAAUCCACUGCUUCCGUAACGUCAUGUCAUGUAGACAGCACAUGUGACUAUGGCGCCCUCCAUCUCUGUUAAGAGAUUUGGGUGAGUUCAAUUUUUGUGAUGGAAAUUACAGUUUUAUUUAGAAUGACUCCUACCAAUGCAGAUAACCUUUCAAGUUGAUAAUUGUGAUUUAUUGGGACCAGUCUUGUUGAUGACAUGUUUUACCUCAUCUAUGUGAUCAACCCUCUUCCAUGUAGCAAUAUCGUAUUAUAAAAAGUGUGGAAAUGUUUUAUUAGAAUUUUGGUUGGUGGCUGGAAAUUAUGGCCAAUAACUUAAUAUGUGAGGUCUAGUAUCAAGCAUUAUGGAUUUUAUUGGCAUGACAUUAAUGGUUAUCUGUAUAUGAAGGAAGUACGUGUUUUGAUGAAUAUGUCGAUUAAAGAUAGGAUAAUUAUAUAGCUAUAGAAAUCUUUUUUUGUUGGUAGUAUAGGUGCCUUAUUCCUGUUGGUAUGAAGAACAGCCCAAAGUAGAAUUACACAGUUCCUGCCUGGAGAUUCUACUCUGUACAACUCUUUCAGGAAUUAUGCGUUUUUAGCACAUAGAUUUUACAUGUUAGAUAAUCCAGGGGGUAUGGUGAUAAAUAUGACUUUUUACUUAAAACAUGAUUACUCAAUACUGGUUUUACUUAAAAGCCAUUUGACAGUUCCAAGUCUACAUGUGCUGGGGACAGUAAAAAGCCUCUCCUCAUUCUUUGUGUACAUGCUAAGGGCCCUACACUUUGGACAAAAUGCAUCACACAGCAGAUAUGUACUUAGAACUGGGAGCCGGCUUGUAGGCUAAAACUAGUUCAGAAAAAGGGACCAUGUCAAACAACUUGGGCAGACCUGGGUAUAAAUGACAAAGCUGGUCAUGUGUAGCACAGUACAACAGCUACAUGGUUAUGAAUGUGAAAGCGACUGAACUCAAACAAUGAGUGACCGAAACUUGAUUUCUAUGCCAUAUGAUUUUCUAAUUUAGAUAUGAUCCAUGAUGUUAAAGUUUGAUUUGAAAGACAACAAAACACAAAAACUUAAAAGAUACAGUUGCUCAGUGUAAUUCCUGUAACGUUACACGUUAAAUUUUUAUUCAUUCAAUGGUCACUCCGAGUUUAAAACUGUUACAGUAGUAAAGAGUUAGAUAUCAGAGAUGGUCAGGGUAAGUGCAAACUUGACAAAGGAACCCAUUGGGUACAAUGUCUAAUUAAAGUCAAAGUAAAAGGGAAACAUUGUGUUGUGUCUCUUUUAGGUAAAUGUGGAGGGAAAUGAUUAUUGAUAACACAUUUUAAGACUUGUGUAUUUUUGACAUGGAUGAUAACACAGAAAGUCUUGAUCAAGAUACACUUGGUAAAUCUGUAUAGAAGUUAUUGGAGUUGGAAAUACCAGUAGUCUUGAUACAGCCACACAUAGAACCAACUAAUCUUUGGUGACUUCCAGUUGAAAGCUGUUGAAAAAUAGAGUUGAAUUAUGUGAAGCGAAUAUAAUGAUUACACUUGUCAACCACCAAGAUACAUGUAUGUUACUGCC